AUGAGAACUGUCUUCCGUCGACUUGCAUUAACAGCUCGAUCUUUUACAUCAUCUCCCACCCCUCUCUCACUGCUUCAGCGUACAGCGCCUUCGGUUAUUCGCAAGAUGUCGUCCACUACAGCUCCCGUUCUCAAACAGCGUGUCAAGCUCUCUCUUAUUCAGCUCGCUUCCGGGUCAGACAAGAAGGCCAAUCUCGAUAGUGCGGCUUCUCACGUCGGCCGUGCAGCUUCAUCGGGUGCAAAGAUUGUUGUUCUGCCAGAAUGCUUCAAUUCGCCAUACGGAACAGACCACUUCCCUCAGUACGCAGAGACUCUGCUGCCCAGUCCGCCAUCCCAAAAUGAUGCGCCCUCUUAUCACGCCCUCUCUAAAAUGGCCGCCGAUAACAAGGUCUACCUAGUCGGUGGCUCUAUCCCAGAAUACAGUCCGGAUACCAAGAAAUACUACAACACAACUCUCAUCUUCGGACCUGAUGGUGCUUUGUUGGACACACAUCGCAAGGUGCAUCUUUUCGAUAUCAAUAUUCCUGGCAAGAUGACAUUCCGCGAGUCAGAUAUCCUCAGUCCUGGUAACAAAGUGACCCUCGUCGACCUACCCGAGUACGGAAAAAUUGCCGUCGCCAUUUGCUACGACGUACGCUUCCCUGAGCUAGCCACUAUCGCGGCUCGAAAGGGUGCAUUUGCACUCAUCUACCCUGGUGCUUUCAACACUACAACUGGCCCUCUACAUUGGCAGCUGCUAGGACGAGCUCGCGCUGCGGACAACCAGCUCUACGUAGCUCUGUGCAGUCCCGCCCGCGCCGAAACAGGUUACCCUGCUUAUGGUCACAGUCUUGUCGCGGACCCUAUGGCGCAAGUGCAGGUUGAGGCAGAUGAAAAGGAGACGACCGUUGACUGGGAGCUUGACCCUGAUAAGAUCACAGAAGCGAGAAAGAACAUUCCGCUCAACACCCAGCGAAGAUUUGACGUAUACCCAGAUGUGAGCGAGGGUAAGAUCCAGUUUGAGGAACCUUAA